AUGAAGAUUUUACGUAACACUAUCCUUGCCACUCAUAUUCCACAACAAGAGACUGAGGAUGAGAUUGGCUGGAGCCACUCAAAAUCCGGCAUCUUCACAGUCAAGACUGGCUAUUGGUUUCUCAAUAGAGAUGACAACCUUCAUACCUCUAAUUCAUCUUUCUGGAAUCAGUUCUGGAAAUCUAGCAUUUUUCCGAAGUGGAACUUCUUAUGGAAAAUUUUAAACAAAGCCUUGCCAACAUCUGACAAUCUAGCUAAAAGGAAAAUCAAGGGGAUUAAUGCAACUUGUUGCUUGUGCAACAAGGAAACCGAAACCCUGGAACACUUGUUUCGAGAUUGCCAUAUUGUUCAACGAAUUUGGAGCUGCUCCUUAGGAAUUGUGGCAUCAAAUGGCACUAUCCUUCCUCUUCAGGAAUGGAUCAAAAACUUUUUGAAUUGGUUCAAAAAGAAGAAAACCGAGGAAGGGAUACUCAUGGAAAUAGAUUUUGUUGCUACAUUGUGGGGAAUUUGGAUUCACCGGAAUGAAGUCAUCUUCAAAGGAAUUUCUUUUGAUCCGGGAAGGAUAAUGACCAUAAUAAAUGAUCAGUCUGCUUGCGCCGGAAAAGAAAGGAACAACAAGGAAAGGAGAACGACACGAGAGGAGGAGUGCAGGGUGACAGAAGACUUGAGUAAUCUGGAAUGGUCCAUAGGAAAGAAGGACGCUUCUAGCGUCCAAACCAUUGUGGUGGAUGGCGCUUGGAAGAGAAACACAAGCUCUAACCAGUGCCAAGCGGCCAUAGCAUGGAAAAACAUAAACAACGACCCCCGGGAAGAGUCAGCGACAAAGAUUUUUGCCAAUUCAGCAGUCCAAACAGAAGCAUAUGCCGUACUAAAAGCAAUAUCGGAUAUGGAAUGGCGCAGUGCGGGCCUCAUCAUAAAAUCGGAUAACUGUGAAGUUAUCGCGGCCCUAAAAAGUACGCAUAGCACAAAUCAAAACAUAGACAAUAUCAUUAGGGAUAUCAGGAGGAAAGCCAAUAGCUUUCUAUUUAUUUCUUGUAUUAAGGUAAGUAGAGAGGAGGUCAAAUUAGCUCAUAAUCUUGCCACCUUGGCAAGGAAAAGCUAA